CGAUUACGGAACUGAAAUGGAGUGACCCCCUUAAGAGUGACUAGAAGAAGAAGGAGAGGAAGAAGUCCUUUCGCACAGAACGUGUCAUAGAAAAGGCGCAAACGGAAAUGACACAGAAAUAUUUACAAUGGAAGGCCCCAAGGCAGAAACGGUGAUAAAACUUAAGGAGAAGGGCAAUGCAUGUGUACGAGAGGAAAAAUAUGAAGAGGCUAUAUUUCACUACUCACAUGCUUUAAAAUUGGACCCUCUUAAUUAUUCCAUUUAUAGUAAUCGUUCUCUUGCAUUUUUAAAAAUGCAACAGUAUUAUUUGUCAAUGGCUGAUGCACUGCAGACAAUAAAAAUUGCCCCAGAAUGGGCUAAGGGAUAUUUUCGGAAAGGUGAAGUGGAAUUUGCUACAUUUCAUUUCUCUGAAGCAUUAUCCUCUUAUGGUAAGGCAUUGGCGAGACAAAGAGAUGACCCUAACAUCCGUCAUGCCUUAACCAAAACCACCCAGGGAUGGUUGACAGAUCGCAGAGCUGAUGAACAAAUCCCAUGGCUUGGUGCUGGAGUUGGAAUUAUCAUUGGUGUGGUAAUAGUUAUUUCUGACCAGACUAUUGCUCCUAAACCUACAUUAACACAUCCUAUUAUCAUGGCUCUUCUCACAAUAUCAAUAGCACUUAUCGGUUACGCUAUUUCUAAGGGCAUACGGUACUAUGUAAAGUGCCAAAGAAAGUCUCUAUUAGAACCCCCUCUUGAUCUGCUACCAGAAGAGUCCAAACCGGCCCAGUCAGAGGAUGGUGAUGAUGAGGAGGAGGGAGCUGGCCAUCACAAGUCACCACGUUUCACAAAGGCUCAAGCAAGGCAACGAUUUAAAAAGGGUAAAAGUUAAAUUAGAAAAUUGAAUUGUUAACGGAGUUCUGAAGGAAAAAGAGGUGUGUGAUAAGGAAGUAAAGUAAUCAAUUACCCCAGACUGUGGUGUAGUUCGGCAGAAGACCUGCUUAUGUCACUUCAGUCACUUUGAUAUAUUUUCCAGGGUCCCCACGGUAGCUCUGUUCCAUUUUUCAUAUGAUCUUAUUAUAAAUAUAAUGUGCAAGACUAUUGCCUCAAUGUACUUAUGUAAUUGUUUGUGUUUUGAGCUCCUUCACAUGAUUAUCAUGCCAAGAAGAUGAACAGGGUGUUUAACAAACUUUAUUGUGUUGAAUGAGGCUUGUGAAACAGCCUGUUUAAUUUCCUUGGACUAAUGUUUUCAGCUGUGCAUAAAUCUUAUGCUUGAGUACCAAUCAUACUUAUGUUUGACACUUAGAUUAAAACUUUUCUUCAAUUUUUCUUGUUAAGUGCUUUUGUAAGGUUUUGCUUUUUGUAAAUUUUUCAAUUAUAUACUUAGCCUAGUAAUUUUCCUUGAGUCUCUCAAUGAAUCAUAUCUCUCCCUCCUACUCAUCCUUUAGAAAUGUGACUUAUAUUCUGCUAUAGUAUUGUUUCCUUGUGUUUGUAAUUUCUGUUUUUUUUUUGUUUUGUUUUGGUUGACUCUAAACUCUUGUUUUUGUGUGUGAUUAGAGUAGGGGAUUAAAUGUGAUAGACCAUAUGUUUCAGUUGAGAAUGCUACAUGGUCUCUUUGUCUACAUCUGUAUCUAAACACAAUAAUUGCUGCAGAAAAGUAUAGCUGUACAGCUUCUCUCUGAAAGUUGUUUUUAUGUGGUGGAGGAUUAGGUUUCAACAGAAAGAAGAAUCUUCAUCUGGAUAGAUAGCAUAGAAAGUUAAGAGAGUGUGUUAAAACAAGUAACUGUGAUUUUAUAAAAACAAAAAAUUAACGGUAGUAGUUUUUUAAACUUUGUAAUACUGUAUCCAACCCAUUGCCUUAUUAUCAACUUUCCUUGCCUCCUUAACCUUCUUUUUCUUCCUGUGCCAGUUAAUAUAUUAUUGUGUUGAAUUUUCUAUUCUGUUCCCUUUACUUAUUCUUUUGUUUUUCUGGUACCUGGUUAUAAGAAGUGACCUGUCUCUACAGGGUGGCCUUCAUAUAUUUUGCACUAUCCUGUACCAUAUUAUUUUUUUUGGUGCCUACAUGGCUGCAUGAUUAUUGUACUGAGCCACCCUGUGAUAUCUGCCUCAGAUUGUUUUUGAAUGAUAGGAGCUACACUGAAACAGUCAAGCUACCUUGAGACCCUUCAAAUAUAAGACAUGAUGGCAUUUUUUAUGCCGGAGUUGUUCCUUUGCAACUUUUUUCACAUUACUGCCCUUUACUCUUUUACAAAGUAUGCAUAAGUUUCUAAACUGCAAAGUACUUAAGAGGCAAUAGCAUAAGUUGAAUUGUACUCCUUUGUGUCAUUACCAUCAAAGCCGUCCAAUUUUUAAAAACACAAUGUUUUUGAUUUUUUUUUUCGUUGAUUUUUUUAAAAAUAUUGGAUAGUUUACAGAGUUUCAUAGUUGGAUAAUAGUUGGACUUGACUCAUACCACCAUUCAAGGUGUUCAAAAAUAUUUUUCUAAUGUCAAAAAAAUCAGAAGAGGGAUCAAACAUGUCUUUAUGAGCUGUUAAAGUAUCUGGAUCAAGCAAUAUUUUUUGUGAAGGGUUUUAUGUACUCCAUAGUUGUAUAUUUACGAAGUUCAAUGAUUCUUCUGAAGUAGAGCUCUGUGAAGGUUGCUGUGUGGAGGCUCAAUUUCUGCUGUAAGUUGUUGUUAGCUCUGAAAUUUGUGCUUUUUAGAAGGAUGCUAAGUUUAGAUCAAUUAUAUCAACGUUGAAACUACAACAAA